CCCCUUCCCCCCCCCCCCGCCCCGCGUCCACAGGAUCGGCGCGCGUCCCGAGGUUCCCGUCGGCCAGGAUCUCAGGCUCGCCCGUCGCCUCGCUCAAGUGAGAAGAUGGGGUGCGAAAGGUGCGAGCGGAGGGAUGAACUCGAUUACUGCAAUUUGGAUGACCGGGAGAAACACUUCUUGAUGUUCAUUGUCGAUGACUGUGGUCAGGAGAUGAUCGUCCCAGAUGAAUUUCUGAGACGUUUCAGGGGUGAGAUCCCAAGGGAGAUCAGGCUACAAACACGAAAUGGUCACAGUUACACCAUUGGAGUUGCCAAGUAUCCAGAUAAACUAGUUCUUCAGGCGGGAUGGGAAACAUUCGUCAAAACCUAUGAUCUACAUAUGGACGACUGUGUGGUAUUCAGAUACAAAGGAAACUCUCAGUUUGAUGUCAUAGUUUUUGAUCGAUUUGGUCGCGAGAAAGCAUUCUCUGUUAUUAGAGACAGUGCUCCGCCUGUACAGGAAAGUCACAACAGCGGCACUGAAAAUUUGGACCGUUCUCAUGGUCAUUCUCAGCCCAUGGAAGUGCAAUCGCCUAUCGAAAAUGCCAACCAUCCUGAAGGGCGUCCUCAGCCCAUGCGAAUGCAACCACCUACUGAAAAUGCAAACCCUUCUCAUGCGCAUCCUCAGCCCAUGCGAAUGCAACCACCUACUGAAAAUUUGGAUGAUCCUGUUGGUUUUAGUCCACCUACUGAAAAUGUGAACAAUUUGUUUGGCCAUAGUCAGCCUACGCAAAUGCAACCAUCUACUGAGGCUGUGCAUCAUUUUGCGCAAAUGCAACCAUCUAGCGAGGUCGUGGAUCAUUCUAAUGGUCAUGCUCAGACCAUGCAAAUGCAACUGUUUUGUAGACCUACCAAGCUGAGACAAACAAUGCUUCAAUGGGAUUACUCGAGUAUGGGCAACGAGACAGCGCCGAGUCCUUCAGAUACUCCCAGAGAUUCUUUGUCCUCAGAACAUGAUAUUGAAGGUUGUGCUUCACCUAGAUACACGCUCAUAUAUAACACCAGUCUAAAUACAGUGCAGAAGGAGGAAGUUGAUGAGCAGGUCAAAUCUAUUCAUAAGGACAAUCCAAUCUUUGUGGCUGUGAUGAGGAGGUUCAAUGUUACAGGAACGUGCACUUUAACUUUCUCCAAGAAAUAUGUUCAGACACAUGUGGGUGAUAAGGAGCGAAGGAUAUGUCUUCAGCGAUGUGGCAAGAGGUGGGAUGUGCAAUUUAGCAGUAGCGUUGAAGUCAAAAGGAUUGUUAGUGGCUGGCGGAAGUUUGUGAAAGACAAUGAUGUAGAGACUGGUGAUAUCUGCAUCUUUGAAUUGUUGAAGAUUGAUGAGAUGUGCACAAUGGAAGUCCAUAUCAUCCAUGCAAAAGAUUUUGAUAGACCCUCCCAAAUUGGUGGGAGGAGUGUCGAUGGAUGGUGUAAAGAAGCUACUACUAAAACUGUGGAACCUUCUCAUUCUCGUCCUCAGCUCGUGAAAAUGCAAUUACGUAAUGCAAGUGUAGAGGAUUCUUAUUCUCGUCCUCAGCCCAUGGAAAUGCAAUCACCCUCAAAGGAAAGAAAGAUACGAGUUGAAACGGUUAACUCGAGUCUGGGCAACGAGGGAGAUUCUUCGAUGUCAGAGGAUAGUGUCACUUUGACUGGUUGCAUCGGUGUGCAUUUGAGGCGCAUACCUUUAAUUCAGAAGAAGGUGGUGAAGCAGAAGGUCGACCUUAUUGGUUCUGAAAUUCCCAUCUGUGUGCUCGUGAUGCAGAAGACCAAUGUUACAGGAAGAUUCGCUCUAAGCAUCUCCAAGAAAUAUGUCCGCAGACACCUGGGGGACGAGGUGCGAAGCAUCUGGCUGGAGCGAGACGGGGAGAGGUGCCAAGUGACGCUGGGACGCGGGCCUCAGAACAACAGGGUUGUGGGUGGAUGGGUAAAGUUCGCCAAGGAGAACGGGCUGCGGACGGGCGAUGUCUGCCUUCUCGAGCGGCUGAGGCACUGCAAGGAGUGCACAAUGAAGGUCCACAUCGUCCGCCGCGUAAAGCGUGCCGGUUGAUCAACAGUGGUGUUCAUCUGUUUCCACCGAUCCUUUGCGUCGUCGUCGUUAAGACUUUAAGGUGUUGUUUACUCAGUUUAGUCAGUUCGUUGGAGGUCCUUGUUGGUUUGUUAGGGGUCGCAUAAUGGCGCAGGUGUUUGCUUGAACAGACUUCUGUGGUUUGAACCAGUAACGCCGGCGAGUCGCGGUGAUGAAUUGCAGUUGAGUGGACCUAGUUUGUGGAACAGCAGAUGUGUAAGGUUUGUUCAAGUCGUUGAAAA